AUGGAUGGAUGUGGUGACCACAUUUUUCAUCAAGUCUGUGAGGGCCAUGACGGAUGCCAGGAAUAUCCGGAAUACCAAUGUCAAGAUUGCUUUGGCACAGCAUUGUAUUGCAAAGGAUGUAUGCUGGCGAGACAUCAAGAAAGCCCAUUACAUAGACUUCAGCAUUGGGUUGAUGGGCACUUUGAGAACACUAGCCUCAAAGCCCUCGGUCUCAAAAUACAGCUAGGCCAUCGAGUUGGAGAGCGUUGUUGCAACCCGGCACCAACACACAACAACUUCAUUGUUCUCGACGUCCAUGGUGUACAUUUGGUUGCAGUAAACUUCUGUAAAUGCAAGACAGCUCAAUCACUAACCACUCAACUCCUCCGCAUCCGGUGGUUUCCAGCGACAUCCGUUAAUCCUAAAACGGCCGCGACUUUUCGGCUCCUUCACCACUUCCACAUUCUCUCAUUUGAAUCGAAGACAUCGGCCUUUGAAUAUUGGCAGACACUGUCACGACUAUCUGACAACUCUGGCAUCAAUCCUCCUAAGGAUCGCUACGUAUCGUUACUUCGCAUGAUCAAAGAAUGGCGGAAUUUGACCCUGCUCAAACGAUUUGGCCGCGGGCAUGAUCCCGGAGGCAUCUCUGCCACCCAACCUGGUUCCUGUGCAGUCCUUUGUCCUGCCUGUCCCCAGCCAGGUAAGAACUUACCGCAGGGCUGGGAGGAUGCAAGUACUGACAAACGGUGGCUUUAUGGAAUAUUUGUCGCGAUUGAUGCAAACUUUCGGUUGGCGAGGAAGAAUGUUUCCUCCGAUAUAGUCGAUCCUGGUCUGAGCAAUGGAUGGUCGUACUUCGUUGAGGAACAGGAAUACAAGAGAUUCCUCCAUGAAGCCGGCAAGCAGCCACAAGAGAAAAGUACAUGUGUUAGUCAUAACGCUGUCAACCUCGCAGAGACGAAGAACUCCCGUGGUCUUGCAGCGACGGGUGCUGGGACCGUGGAUUGCUCGCGUCAUAACUUCAAACGACCUUGUGCUGUUGGAGACCUUCAGAAGGGGGAAAAAUAUGUAAAUAUGGAUUUUCUAUUUUUUUCCACCAUGCAGUUCGCGAAGGACCUCAUCGUUCUCAACGUUUCGUACGACAUUGCUUGCCAGUGGAGUAAACAUCUCCAAGAACGAAUGGUCAAGUACCCGAGUCGUAUUCACAUCAAUUGCACCGACAAAUUCAUCACAUUUCUGGUCCCCAAAUUCCAUCUUCCCGCACACAUAUUGCCCUGUCAAAUUACUUAUUCACACAAUUUCAUAAGGGGCAUGGGCCGAACUGAUGGUGAGGCGCCUGAGCGCGGUUGGGCUAACAUCAAUCCUAUAGCUACGAGCACACGUGAGAUGGGUCCAGGCGCCAGGUGUGACACCAUCGACGACCACUUCGGCGACUUCAAUUGGAAGAAAGUCACCAAUCUGGGUGUCAGUCUUUUGCAAAAACUCAAGACAGCUAUACCAGAACGCGACCAGCACCAGCGCGAUUUUCACGAGUUCAAUGAUACGCUCGUUGCAGAAAGGCCAGAGGAAGUAUCAGAAUGGAAGAUCGCUGUUGAAAAGUGGGAAAUGGACAUGUCCGUGACAAAUCCCUUUGGCGCAACCACAACAACUAUGACGCAGGCAUCCGUCAGGCUGAGUCUCUCUCAAAAAGAGGCUGAAGAUCUCGAGCGUGGUGUCAACCAUUCCCUUCAUAGCAUUGGCAUAGAGGAAGAACAAAACUGGCUCAGACAGGACAUUUUGGCCCUUGGAGCACAUCCAACCGAUCUCCAGCGUUCAAAGAUACAAGAUCGGACAAACACUCUGAAACGCAAAGUCGACCAAUGGUGUCAAAUUCAGCUCUUGUAUAUGCCCUCGGCAUCCCAUGUUCGGACCACCCACAAUUCCAGCGCAGCGGCCUUGAGUGAGGAAAAGGCACAUAAGAUCAACCUGUUCCUGCCCUCCGAAUUGAAGUCGCACGCCCCAGAUGCCAUAUGCGAUGAACGGCUCUGUCGUUUUGAAUGGGAACUACGUCAAGGGCAAUCAUUUGAUGCGCUCGAUGACCUACGCCGCCAUCUUCUCUUACGCACUCACUUGUACAAAUUCAAGGACGCAAAUAUUUGUGGCCAACGGGCCAAUACACGCGCUGCCACUGUAAUCAGAAAGGUUGAGCGCCAUGUUUCAGAAGCUGCGGACAGGUAUUGCAGGGCAAGGAACGCGCUUCAAAGCCUGCAUGAGACGCUUGGAGAACAUGACUGGCAAGAAUUAUUUCCGGUGCUGGAGGUGGAGCAUGUUCGUGGUAUGUCUGAAGGCAAGGUAGGCCAAUCAGAGGGAAAUCGCACACUCUCGUGGAUAUGGAAGAUGCGCGGUGUUUCAGCCGCAGGAGAAGUUCUUACAGAUGCGUUACAAAUUGAAUGGUGCAAAGCACGCGCACGCGCAAAUCGCUGGACGGAGGAGGUCAAGCUGUUAUUAGAGGAAAUGCGGCGUGUCAGGGAAUUUCUUUCCUGGCACGCUAAAUGGUGGGACGAGCAAGCGGACCGGAGAGUCGGAUUGCCCCCUGCUGAAGCAGAAGGCACCAAUGCGUACGUGAGACGCCAAGCAGCGCUUCGAAGGAACAUAUGA